AUGCUACGUGCCAAUAUUCAAAACUUCCGGGAGUUUUUACAGGAAGGAGAUAUUCUGGUAGUUGAACGUGGCUUCCGGGAUUCGCUGACUCUCCUCGCUGACCUUGGAAUCAACGCUGAAAUGCCUGCCUUGAUCAGCAAAGGACAAAAGCAGCUAUCGACGAAGGAAGCUAACUCCAGUCGGCUAGUUACAAAAGUAGGAUUGGUUGUUGAAUCGGCCAACGCUCGAAUCAAACGGUUCAAAAUGCUUGCAACAGUACUUCCAUGCAGCCAGGUGCCCUUCAUUGGAGACUUUGUUAGGAUUAUGACACGUCACUUAACUGACAGUUUACGGUUGCAAAGGAGUUCGGCCAUCACACAAGCCAGCAGCGAAAUUCUCAUGUGGAUACGGUCCAGUGAUCACGGCAGUAGAGGCUUGGGUACUGCCAGUGCCGUGCUGGGGCACGAGUUGUUGGAAUGUGCGCGCAUGUUUCGGCCAUCGUCUGUUACCGUCCGAGCCAAACUUCUGUUACAAGACAUUUGGAAACAAAAGUACGAGUGGGAUGUACCACUUCCAGAAGAUAUUCAACAGUCAUGGUCAAGCCUAGCGAAAGAUUUGAACACUGUUGCCACAUUUAAAUUCCCGAGAAGAUAUUUCUCUAAAACAAGCGAAACCGGAAGUGACAGUCGGACAACCUUGCACAUCUUCGUGGAUGCAAGUAUUAGAUCGUACGGUACAAUGGCGUUCAUCUGUAACGGGAAAGAUUCAACUCUGGUGAUGGCUAAGAAUCGCGUGGCACCGCUCAAACCCUUAACUCUGCCCAAACUUGAACUCAUGGCGGCGCUGAUUGGAGCUAGACUAGCGAAAUAUUUGCAGACUACAUUUCCUACAGCAGACAUCACACUAUGGUCCGAAAGUCAAAUCGUACUUUAUUGGCUAUCUACGAAAAAGACACUGAAGAGAUUCAUCGAGAAUCGUGUAAAAGAGAUAUGUGACCUUACGAGCCAAUACGCAUGGAAAUAUUGUCCAAUAAGCGAAAAUCCAGCCAAUUUACUGACAAGAGGAAUAACAGCUGAAAAAAUUAUGCAGAACGAUCUUUGGAUGAAGGGACCGAUAUGGUUAUGUGACAAGACAAAAUGGCCGUUAUGGGAGGUCUCAAACAGGUUACACGUGCAGACGAUAAUUGAAGAGCAAGCCACCGGAAGUCAGCAAGCAGAGAUAGACGAGCAAAUGAUAUCUAAGUUACAUAUCACGUACCUAGUCGACCAGUCGAGACGAAACUUCGACCAUCUUUCUACUAGUGAACUUCAGCAAGCAGAACAGCGAUGGAUACAUUAUUGUCAAGCAGAUGUAUACAGUACAGAGAUACGUGAAUUAGAGAGAAACCAGGUCAAAACACCAUUAAUAAAGCAGCUUCGGUUAUUUCGUGACCAGACCGGAUGUAUCCGUUGCGGCGGAAGACUUAACAACGCAGCCGUGGAUGACGUCAAAAAGUACCCGUACCUCCUACCAAAGAAGUCUAGACUUACUAAAUUGAUAGUUCGCAAUGCGCAUGAGUUACUUGGCCAUAGUAGUUUAAAUGCUACAGUUACCAGCAUAAGACAGUCAUUUUGGGUACCAGCGAUACGACAAUGCGUGAACGCCGUAAUCCGAAACUGUGUCACAUGCCGUAAAGUGCACGGACUUCCAUACAAGUCACCUGAAGUGCCCCCAUUGCCGAAAUUUAGAGUAGAAGAAGCCCCACCCUUCACCAUUACCGGAGUAGAUUUUACUGGUACAUUAUAUAUCAAAGAACCCUCUGGAGCAGAGAAAAAGGCAUGCAUAUGUCUAUUUACGUGUGCUGUUACCAGAGCCGUUCUUCUUGAAGUAGUUACAAGUUUAUCAGCAGACUGUUUCUUACAAGCUGUACGACGAUUCUCAAGCAGGAAGUCGCAACCCAAGCUCAUAGUUUCAGACAAUGCUAAAACGUUCCAGACGGCGUCUACUUAUUUGAAAGCCAUGUUCGAAUCCAAGGUCGUCAGAGAGUCCCUAGCAAAUACUGGCAUUGAUUGGAAAUUUAUACCUGAGAGAGCCCCAUGGUACGGAGGUUGGUGGGAGCGACUGAUAGGUCUUACAAAACAAACUCUCAAGAAAAUCCUUGGCCGUGCAAUGGUAGAUUUGGAGACUCUACAAACCAUUAUUACCGAAAUUGAGUCCCUGCUGAACGAUCGACCACUGACAUGCAUUAAAACCGACCUAACCCUAACCCCGAGAGUGUGGACACAGGAUUUCUCUCCUUCUUCGGACUUAGAUUUAGAAACUUAUUUAAUGAACAGAUUGAAAAAUGAGAAGAAAUCUGCCAACAGGAAAAAGAUGAUGGCAAACCAACGUGACAGGAUGCAGUCUUAUAUAGAGGACGCUCUCUCAACUUUAAAUGAGCAAGGUGAAAAUUCACAGUUAGAUACACCUAACCCUAAAGAGUGA